CUAUGUAAAAGGACACAAAAUAUAAUAUUACAAUAUUUCUACAAAAAUGGCUUCCGACAUAAAACAACUUCCAAAAAAUGGCGACGAAACAACAGAAACAACAUAUGACUUCGACUCUGGUGUUACUAUGAAAAGACGACCUUCCGUAAAAACCGUGGAAUUUCCGGGAGAAAAUAAAGAUUCUUCAACCAAAUUGAGAAAUGGCUAUCAGCUUGGAAGACCUUCACUGGUCAAGAAAACUGGACAAUACCGAGUUGGAUAUAGAGGUAUAAAAGGAAGUAAGCGAAAAGGUUAUUUCCGUGACUUGUAUCAAACUCUUAUUGAUAUAAAAUGGCGAUGGGCUACACUUAUUUUUUGCCUGACAUUUUUCUUUGUGUAUUUCCUGUUUGCAGUUUUCUGGUAUUUACUGAGUUAUUCCCAUGGUGAUUUCGAUAACCUUGAAAAUCCGUCAUGGUCACCAUGUGUUAUUAGGAUGAAAACCUUUGCCGAUGCAUUACUUUUCUCAAUGGAAACACAAACAACAAUUGGAUACGGAACUUUUUAUCCAGAUACAAAAUGUGGCGGAAGCAUCCCUCUGGUAUUCAUUCAGAUAACAAUAGGCUUUUUGCUUGAGACAUUACUUGUAGGGUUCAUAUUGGUCAAGAUUGCACGUCCAAAAUACAGACGGUACACUCUUAUGUUCAGUGAUACUAUGUGUAUAUGUGUAGAAGAUGGCGAACUUUGUUUACAAAUCAGAGUAGGUGACAUAAGAAAAAGCCAUUUGAUUGACGCUUCCGUUUAUGGUAUUUAUGUAGGAGAAAAGAUUUCCGAGGAAGGAUUCGUUUAUCCGUUAUACCAGAAACAAAUGGAAUUUGAAGUAAAUGGGAUGGAUGACAGAAUGUUUCUCAUGUGGCCGAUGGUUAUAAGUCAUAAAAUAAAUGAAGACAGUCCUUUGUAUGACAUGCAGUUUGAAGAAAUGUUAGCGAAUACAUUCGAAAUCAUUAUUGUAUUAGAAGGCACAAUAGAGUCCACUGGUGAAAUUUGUCAAGCUAGAACAUCUUAUUCUUCCAAAGACAUACAAUGGGGAUGUCGCUUUUCUAAUCUUAUGGACUUCGAUCUUGAAACUGGCCAGUGGCGGGCAGAUUUUGCUCUUUUCAAUAAUGUUGACCCUAGUCCGACUCCUAAAUGCAGCGGAAAGGAAUCUGCAGCUAUCUAUCGUGGAACUGGAAUAUUUGGACAAGAGAAAGCAGAGAAUUUGUCCAGGAAAGCAGUCAGCCACUUUGAUAUUCGCCUUGAAAAGACAACUGAUGCCUGAUAACUGUACCAUGUAAAAUAUAAUAAGAAUUCUGUCUACAAAGAAGAUGCUGUACAAAAGUAACUUUCUGAUGGGAGGAUAACUGUCUUGUUAAAUGUUGAUAUUUAUUGACUUAAAAGAGUCUCGUGUCUACUGCAUAAUAUUCCAAGUCCCUGUAUAAAUGCUGUAUAUAUCCAGCUUCUACUAUUCCAAGUCCCUGUAUAAAUGCUGUAAAUAUCCAGCUUUUACAAGUAUAUCCGUCUACAAAUAAAACUUAUAUGUGACGUA